AUGGAGACAGCCCCCGUCACAGCUGUGGAAGUCCAAGGCAUGAAGCCUAUGAAGGGUAAGGCCUUCUGGCUGGCGCUUUCUAGUCUAGGUGUCAUAGCAUGGUUGGAUGGACUGGCAACGACCUCGCUAUCGCCAGCCAUACCGAUUGUUACUGAAAAACUUCAUGGCUCGGCCCUCGAAGGCUUCUGGGCUGGUACGGCUUUCUUGCUUUGUGCGACGGUCUUCCAACCCACGUUCGCGUCAUUGUCCCAAGUCUUUGGCAGAAAGCCGUUGCUUUUCCUCGUCCUCUUGCUAUUUACCGUAGGGACGAUUGUCAGCGGAAUCGCACACUCAUUUACAGUGUUGUUACUUGGCCGCUCGAUUCAAGGCGCUGGAUCUGGAGGUAUCUUGGCCAUGAUAUUGGUGGUUAUGACCGAUAUCGUCACUAUACGAGAGCGAGGAAAGUGGAUGGGAAUAAUUCUGAUGCAAUAUGCAGUUGGAACUCUUGUGGGACCGAUUAUUGGGGGCGCGUUUGUAGAAUAUGUUUCUUGGCGCUGGAUCUUCUGGGUCGUACUUCCACUUUGUGGAAUUGGAUUUGUGAUGGUGUUUCUUUUCCAAGAGCCCCACGUACGGACGGAAGCCAUUACAGAGAAAUUGAAGAUGGUAGAUUGGAUCGGCCAAUUUCUCGUCGUUUCAUCUGUCACUGCUAUUAUUUUACCAAUCACUUGGGGAGGAGUCCAGUACCCUUGGGAUGGCUGGCGUGUUCUAGUGCCUCUCAUUCUGGGUGUGUUUGGCAUACUUGGUUUUGCGGUAUACGAAAAGUUUGUGCCUAGUCAGCCAGUCGUCGCUCCACGGAUCAUUGCGAAUAGGACAGCAGCAUCAAUCUACUUUGGAAGUGUCAUAACUGGCGUUCUGAUGUUCAGCCAGCUUUAUUAUCUCCCUCUGUAUUUUCAAGUAGCAAAAGGCUAUUCACCUCUGUUAUCAGGUGUAGCGUUGAUACCGCAAUCCUUUUCAGUUUGCCCUGCUAGUGUUAUCACUGGAAUCCUGAUUACUCGCACGGGGAGAUAUCGUUGGGCAAUUUGGGGUGGAUGGGCGCUGACAGUCCUGGGAACUGGUCUUCUCUACCUGUUGGAUGUCGAUACUCCCACGGUAGCAUGGGUUUUCAUCGGCAUUGUUUCUGUCUUUGGAAUUGGCGUGACAAUGAGCGCAGGGUCUAUUGGCGUUCAAGCAACUGCUUCUGACAGCGACUUGCCUACUUCGGCCGCGUUGUUUACUUUCUUCCGCUUAUUUGGUCAGUCAUGCGGUGUUGCCAUUGCCGGCUCAAUAUUUCAAAACCAGAUGGAAUCACACCUUAGAAAAUAUCCGGAUCUUGCAGAUCAGGCGUCUUCACUCUCAAAAAAUGCCGCAGGUCUCGUACCCCUCUUGGCGAACUUGCCCGAUGAUGCGAACAAAGCCAACAUCGUGCAGAGCUAUGUUGAUUCUCUAAAGAUCAUAUGGAUCGUCACGAUGGGAUUUGCGAUUGUCGCAGCCCUUCUUUCACUUUUGGUCAAAGGAUAUUCUCUGGAUCGAUCUCCGAUACCAGAUGUAGGGGCCUCUCCAGCUAUGCCAAGUAGUACUGAUGAGGAGAAAAGUGGUUCGAGAAAUGGAGGGAGCGGUCCAGAAGAAGUUAUCUCGGCAGGCCCGUUGUCACAGCCGUAG